UGGAUAGUUUUGUUUGAUUCAGCAGGAUUUGUAGUUGUCACAAUAAUAUUAUGUUUUCUUUAUUUUCAGAUGUUUUCAGUACAUACAUCAGGAUUACCAUUCCUAUUCUGCUCCCUGCUUUUUUGUUUGAGACUGUUAGCAGCCAGUUGGUUCCCUAAAAGUUUACCUUGUGAUGUAAUUGAAGAUGGAAUCUUUGUUGCUGUAGAGUGCAUUAAUCGAAGUCUGAAGGCAAUCCCACCACAAAUACCUAGAAACACCACAAAUUUGACACUAAAUAUCAACCAUAUUGAAGAAAUCACACCAGAUUCAUUUUCCCACUUUAGCCAGCUAGUUGAAAUUGGAUUUAAAUGUAACUGUCUUCCAAUAAAGUUAGGUCCUAAGGACCUCAUUUGUAAGCAGAAACAAUUGAUUAAGGAUGGUAGUUUUGCUUCACUACAUAAUUUGCAGUCACUUUUUUUGGAUGGUAAUCAACUUUUACAGAUCCCAAAAGGCCUACCACCACACCUACGAAUUUUGAGUCUUGAAGCUAAUAGCAUAUUUUCAAUUUACAAACAAAAUCUCUCUGAAGUACACAAUAUUGAGAUGUUAUAUUUAGGGCAGAAUUGUUAUUACAGAAAUCCAUGUAAUGUCAGUUUUUACAUUGAAAAAGAAGCAUUCAAAGAUUUAACUCAUUUAACACUUUUAUCCCUGAAAGGAAACAACCUGUCUUAUGUGCCGGGAAGUUUUCCAGUCACUCUCAAGGAACUAUACAUCUAUAAUAACAGAAUACAGUCAGUCCAUGAAUUUGAUUUUCAAAACUUGACCAACUUAGAAGUUCUUGACCUAAGUGGAAAUUGCCCUCGAUGUCACAAUACUCCAUUCCCUUGUAUUCCAUGCCCAAACCAUGCUCCAAUCUUUAUACCGGAAAAUGCCUUUGAUUCACUAAAAAGCUUACACACUCUUCGUUUGCAAAGUAACUCUCUUCGCAUUAUCCCCAGUAGAUGGUUUCAAAACAUUCAUAAUCUUCAAGUACUUGACCUUUCUCAAAAUUUUCUAGCUCAUGAAAUUAGGGAAGCAAAAUUUUUGAAGAAUGUACCAACACUAAAAACAUUAGAUUUUUCAUUCAACUAUGAGCUUCAGCAAUAUCCACCAGUUCUGCAGUUACCCAAAACAUUUUCCAGUUUAAAAUCUUUGGAAAUUUUGCGAUUUCGUGGAUAUGUCUUUCAAGAACUGAGGAAAAGUAACCUUGAACCUUUGCUGGAUUUAAAAAAUCUUACUGUUUUGGAUCUUGGUACAAAUUUUAUCAAAGAGGUGGACUUUAGCUUGUUUCAGAAUUUUAGCUCACUAAAAACAAUAUCACUUGCUAAUAAUAAAAUUUCCCCAGCAGAUAAGCUGACUGUUUCAUCUUGUUCAAACAUCAAAUCAUCUUCUGCACAAUAUAAUUAUGCAACAUUUCGAGAUGUCCAUUAUUUUAACUAUGAUGAGGAAGCCCAUCACUGUAGAUUUAAUGUUAAUGAGGAAUCAAAGUCUCAGAAAUUUGCUACUGAGAACUGUCAAAUAUAUGGUCAAAUGUUGGACUUAAGCCAAAACAACAUUUUUUUCAUCAGAGCUAGUGAUUUUAAAGAUCUUAGUUUUAUAAAAUGCCUCAAUAUGUCAGGUAAUGUAAUUAGUCAGGCCCUGAAUGGAACAGAAUUUGCAAGUUUAAAACAUUUAAAAUACUUAGAUUUUUCGAACAAUCGCAUUGAUCUUCUCCAUUCAAGUGCAUUUGAGGAACUUCACGAAUUGGAAGUCUUAGAUCUUAGCUCCAACCCACAUUAUUUCCUAGCUGAAGGGAUAACGCAUAUGCUAAACUUCACAGCCAACCUACAACACCUAAAGAAAUUGAUGAUGAACUGGAAUGAAAUAUCAACUUCAACCAACUAUGAAAUGGUUAGCCAGUCAAUCCAAACCCUAGAGUUCAAAGGAAACCGCUUAGAUAUUUUAUGGAGAGAUGGAGAUACAAGAUACACAAAUUUCUUUAAAAAUUUAACAGCACUGCAUGUAUUAGACAUUUCCUAUAAUGCACUAACAUUUAUUCCUCCUACCGUAUUCGAGGGCCUGCCUGCCAAUCUUAGUGAACUUUGUCUGGCUAAUAACAAUUUUAGGACUUUUAGCUGGGAAAUGCUAUGUUUUUUAGAAAAGCUUCAAAUUUUAGAUAUUAGCAACAAUUAUUUGACUGCUGUGCCAUAUGAACUAUCUAACUGCACUCAUUCUAUUAAAUCACUUAUUUUAAGCAAUAACAAAAUAAAAGCUAUAACUACAAAUUUCCUCAGAAAUGCAGUCAGCCUGAAAUAUCUGGACUUAAGUUACAACAGAAUCAGUUUUAUUGGUCAAUCCAGCUUUCCUGAUAACAUUCUUUCAAACCUAGAGAUACUGGUUAUACAAGGCAACCCAUUUAAGUGCAACUGUGAACUUGUUUGGUUUGUCUCCUGGAUAAACAGCACAAAUGUCACUAUCCCAUUUCUGGUACCUGAUGUGUCAUGCGCUGGACCUGGUACACACAGAGGAAAGAGUCUAAUAUUCUUGGAUUUAUAUACCUGUGGAAUAGAACAUUGGAAUUUGGUUUUAUUUUCUUGUUCAUCCUCCCUUGUGAUCUUCUUACUGGUGGUCUGCACAUCAAGUCACCUUUUCUACUGGGAUUUUUGGUACACCUACCACUUACUGGAAGCAAAGAUAAAGGGAUAUCAGAAAUUGCCAAAGUUUUAUUAUGAUGCUUUUAUUGUCUAUGAUACUACAGAUUAUGCAGUUUCAGACUGGAUUUUUAAAGAGUUAAUUAAAACCCUUGAAACAAGUGAAGAAAAAAUGUUCAACCUGUGUUUAGAAGAAAGAGAUUGGUUGCCCGGAAAACCAUUUUUGGAUAAUCUUUCAGAAAGUAUCCAGCUCAGUCGAAAAACUGUGUUUGUGCUUACAGAUAAGUAUAUUACAAGUGGACAUUUUAAGACAGCCUUCUACAUAGCACACCAACGUCUUAUUGAGGAAAAAGUUGAUGUCAUCAUUUUUAUAUUGCUUGAGAAAACUUUACAGAAAACUAGGUACCUUCAGCUAAGGAAGAGGUUGUGUGGGAACUCUGUUUUACACUGGCCUACUAAUCCUAACUCCCACAAUUAUUUUUGGAACUGUUUAAAAAAUACAUUAAGAACAGAUAACAAAAUGGCAUACGAUAAACUUUUUAAAGAUAAUAUAUAAUUCACCGUAUGUUUCACACAUCAACAAAGAUUGAAGGACUUACGGUGUGCGAUAAUGGUGUAGAACUCAAAUGAAACGACUUUUGCCUUUUUAGCUUUCAGUGUAUUUAAAGGGGUUUAUUUUCAUAUUUACAUCUUUUAAACUUGUUUCCUGUGAGUCAGAAUGAAGAAUAAUUUAUAAUGAUUUAUCAAAGGAGUUUGUUCUCUAAAUUAUCUUGCAAUGCCUAUUUAAGUUUUGAUAUCUAGCUAGUACAUGUCAUUUUAGC